AUGGACUACGAAGCGAUAAAGGAGCAAUGGAGUGAGGUUGAGGAUCGCGAUGGUGUCCGUUUGAGUUGGAAUGUUUUUCCCAGCUCCCGCAUGGAAGCUUCAAGACUCGUUGUGCCCAUUGGAGCACUCUACACACCCUUGAAGGAGAAGCCCGAUACUCCUUUGCUACACUUCGAGCCCGUCACUUGUAAACAACCUUGUCGUUCAGUGUUGAACCCAUUCUGCCAAGUCGAUGUUCGCGCAAGAGUCUGGAUCUGCCCCUUCUGUCUGUCCAGGAACCAACUGCCUCCUCACUACAAAGACAUCACCGCCAACGCUAUCCCCCCCGAGCUUCACCCAGCCAACACUACGAUAGAAUACCGCCUGUCGCGACCGGCUCCUGCACCACCAAUCUUUCUAUAUGUUGUUGAUAUGUGUCAGGAGGCAGACAGCCUUGCCUCCUUGAAGGAGUCGCUCGUCAUGAGUCUGAGCCUGCUCCCAGAGAAUGCUCUUGUUGGUCUCAUCACAUAUGGCACAAUGGCACACGUCCACGAGAUCGGCUACGAGGAAUGCGCCAAGUCCUACGUCUUCCGAGGUAGCAAGGAGUACGCUGCUAAGCAGGUCCAGGAGAUGCUUGGUUUGUCUACCUCUGGUGUGCGACCCGGCAUGCAACCCCAGCCUGGUCGGCCAUUCCCCGCAGGCCCAGCAUCUCGCUUCCUUCUGCCUGUCCAGCAGGCCGAAUUCCAGUUGACCAAGGCCCUCGAGUCUCUUCAGAAAGACCCCUGGCCCGUUGCCAACGACAGACGUAACCUCCGCUGCACUGGAGUUGCGCUCAGUGUUGCUGUUGGCCUUCUUGAAUCAUCUUUCCAGAAUGCCGGUGGUCGCAUUAUGUUGUUUGCUGGUGGCCCUGCUACAGAGGGACCUGGAAUGGUUGUUGGACCUGAGCUGAGGGAGCCUAUUCGAUCUCAUCAUGACAUUGACCGAGAUAACGUCAAGUACUACAAGAAGGCCCUGAAAUUUUACGAGAACCUUGCUAAACGCACUGCUCACAAUGGUCACAUCAUCGACAUCUUCGCCGGUUGUCUAGACCAAGUUGGUUUACUCGAAAUGAAGGGGCUAUGCAACUCGACUGGUGGCCACAUGAUUCUCACCGACAGCUUCACAUCCUCCAUGUUCAAGCAGUCGUUUGUGAGAAUCUUUGAAAAGGAUGGAGACGAUAACCUCCUCAUGGGUUUCAACGCCGUGCUGGAGGUUUUAACCACAAAGGAGCUCAAGGUUACAGGCCUCAUUGGCCAUGCAGUCUCCCUUAACAAAAAAUCCAUUUCUGUUGGCGAAUCCGAAUGCGGUAUCGGCAACACAUGCUCCUGGAAGAUGUGCGGUAUUGAUCCCAAGUCCAGCUACGGAAUUUACUUCGAAAUUGCCGGCCAGGGACCAGCCACGCAUCAGCAAGCACCGCAGAAGGGUAUGAUGCAGUUCCUGACAUACUACCAGCACUCUUCUGGCCAGUUCCAUCUCCGUGUUACGACGGUUGCCAGGAACCUCAGCAGCCCUGCCGGAGACCCAGCAAUUGCGCAAUCAUUCGACCAAGAGGCUGCAGCUGUCCUUAUGUCGCGCAUCGCUGUUUUCAAGGCCGAGGUCGAUGAUGGGCCUGAUGUCUUGCGAUGGGUCGACAGGAUGUUGAUUCGGUUGUGCUCUCGCUUCGCGGAUUACCGAAAGGACGACCCUUCAUCCUUCCGGUUGGAAAAGAACUUCACUCUAUACCCGCAGUUCAUGUUCCACCUCCGACGAAGUCAGUUCCUCCAGGUGUUCAACAAUUCUCCUGACGAGACAGCAUUUUACCGACAUGUGCUCAACCAUGAGGAUGUUAGCAAUUCACUUGUUAUGAUUCAGCCCACUCUGGACUCCUACACCUUUGACCAGGACGGCGGCCAGCCUGUUUUGCUCGACUCUGCUUCCAUCCAGCCCACACAUAUUCUUCUUCUCGAUACCUUCUUCCACAUCUUGAUUUUCCACGGCGAGACAAUUGCCGAAUGGAGGAAGGCUGGAUACCAAGAGCAGGAAGGAUAUGAGAACUUUGCUGGUUUGCUCGAGCAACCAAAGGAAGACGCUCGCGAUCUCAUCACUGAUCGAUUCCCUCUCCCUCGAUUCAUCGUUUGUGAUGCAGGUGGCUCUCAAGCUCGAUUCCUUCUGUCCAAGCUUAACCCAUCUACCACGCAUACGACUGGCCCGUACGGUGGUGUAGGAGCCACGACUGCUCAGACAAUCUUCACAGACGACGUGUCCCUCCAGACCUUCAUGGACCAUUUGAUGAACAACCUUCAUUCGCCUUCACAUCCGGCACGCAAACCACGAGCCUCUGCCGACUUCAACGACCAAUACAGCCAAGAUGCGUACGUUUUCUUGCCGGACGAUUUUUCGACGGGCUAUUUGCUAACGCGAGGAACAGCUCCCAAGUUCGACCCCAAUGAGGUUAAGGUGAUCCACCUCCGCGCCACUGGUGGUGAGGUCGGUGCCUCCUCUGCUCUUGCUCCCAAGAUUGGUCCUCUGGGUCUCUCUCCCAAGAAGGUCGGAGAAGACAUUGCCAAGGCUACUGGCGACUGGAAAGGCCUGCGCGUAACUGUCAAGCUCACCAUCCAGAACCGUCAGGCUGCCGUCUCUGUUGUCCCUACUGCUUCUUCUCUCAUCAUCAAGGCCCUCAAGGAGCCCCCAAGAGACCGAAAGAAGGAGAAGAACAUCAAGCACAACAAGUCUGUCGCCCUCGACGAGAUCAUCGAUAUCGCCCGCACCAUGCGAUACAAGUCUUUCGCCAAGGACCUCGCUGGUACCGUCAAGGAGAUUCUCGGAACCGCCUACAGUGUUGGCUGCCAGGUUGAUGGCAAGCCUCCCCAGUCUGUCAUUGAGGCCAUUGACAGCGGCGACAUCGACAUCCCCGAGGAGUAA